GCUGAAGUCUAGCUUAAACAUCGCUACUUGAUUCUUGUCAACUUUCACAGUCUGCAUCCGCCUUCCUGAUGCGGCCAUUGUUGGGCCAAAAAAGCACAUCACAAUGCCCGAAUCAGAAGAUGAGUACGAGACUUCGAGCUCAUUUGGCUCGGAGAACGACCGUCCAAACCGCUGGGAUGGUCCAUCCUCCACGUGGCGAGAGAUGAACCAACAGGAAAUCAACAUUCUUACAACCCUAAACGAAAUAAAAAAUCAAGACUUAUCGGUGCAUCUUUACAACGCAUACGCGCUGAAACGGCGGCACCCAAAUCCUGGUAACAAUGAUCGGCCUGUCCCUGAAAAGGACAUCAAUGCUGCUACGAGCCAGACUGUGCAGCAAGAUGAAUGGCUUCCCCAAGGUUCCUGGACAGCGUGGCCGAUGAGUGGGGAUGAAGUGCCACCAGAUGAGUUUAUGCGGCAUGACCAGAACAAUGGUGACGACCAAGACACGAUAAGGAGUGCCGCACCAAAGUUUCCUAGCGCUGCUUUAGAAGAAGCGCUGGGUGCGGCUGUGCUACAGUCUGCUAAGGAGAAGUUCGAGAGCCGUUCAUGGGAGGAUGCACUGGCAGAUCCUCAAGAUCUAGGGGACGGCAUUGAGGAUGAUGAUGAAGAGCUCAGCGAGCCAGCUUCGUCGUCGGAUACAGAGGGCAUCAUCGCAAGGUCGUCGCAUCCUAGGUCAAGAUCCCGGGCGAAAUCUACCAGUCGCAAAAAACAAGUGCUACACGAAGGAAAGAAACAAAGAAACAGACAUUCUGACAAUGACGGGUCUGGCGCUGAGCAGGACGACAUGAUGCCUUCGCACGAAAGACUGCUACACCCGACUGUUUCUACUGAUGACCAAUUGUCGUAUGAUCUUAUGCGUCCGACAGUGCGUGACAUCCUAGCAAAGUUGGAUGCUACGCUAAUGGUUUUGCAUCGUUCAAGGGAUGUUGUGGUAAACUACUUGUCCGAUUCCUCCAGUAGCUCGGAGCCAGAGGCCACAAAUCAUGUCAGGCGCUCACGAAGUAGAGGCUCAGGGCCUCCGGCGAAGAGAGGAAGGGGUAGGCCAAAAUCCGGGCUUGCACUAAGGCUUCGAACACCACCACCGCCCUCGUCAGAGCAUGACGAAAGCACAAGCCGGGGUCCGACUCGAGAAGGCAGCGAAGCAGACACAGAAGGAGCACCGCUAAAUAAAAAGAAUGGCCGGCCUCGGAAGCUCUACCCUCGGCUACAGGGUGAGACGGACAGAGACUGGGCUGUCCGGGUUGCCAGGCUGCGCAAGGAGCCAGUUCCCGUUUUCAAAGAAGAUGUUGAACCUGAGCGCUCUAACAGUGACGUCUCGGAAAAUGAACCAAGUGAGACUCGGCCGACCAAACGCAAGCCCGAUACUGUUGGCCUUGGAGAAAGGCCUGCUCGAAAACGUCGAAAUGCGGCACGUCUUAUGCCCAGAGAUUGGAAGGACGUCCUUGGUGCUGCCGCUUUGGCUGGAUUCCCACAAGAUGCUUUGAACCGUGCCGCGAAGCGGUGCGCCGAACUCUUUGGGGAGAACAUAGAGCUACAUACGAUGUCAGAGGGCGCGUUCAGCCAAAACGAUCAGACUCUACGGGUACAAUAUCACCCUGGUAUGCUCACAGAUCUUGAUACUGAAGCAGCCGAUGAGGACUAUUACAGUGAAGACGAGACACAAUCGCAAGCGGCACGUCAUAUACGCGCCUCAAGUGUGAUAUCCGCGUCCUCAGACCCUCGUGGCCGAUCUAGGAGUCGAUCAAGAUCUGUAAGUCGAGCCACCACCCGGUCACGCUCGCGCUCCAUCUCCGUUGCCAACUCGCAUUUUUGUGGCGUUCGGGGUUGCGAACGUAGCGCAGAAGGGUUCUCAAGGCGAUCAAACCUAGUACGCCAUAUGAAACUAGUACAUCAUAUGGAAGAGAACGGCGUGCCUACAGACGUGAAUAGUGAAGACGAACGAUUCGGUGCAGUACAUGUAGACGGAUUUCUGAAACCGAUCAAGACCAGAAAAGGAUGGAGAGGCGAUGAUGUGCGAAGGUCUGAGAACGGUUCGACAAAAAGGAAGUACCGUGGCCGAUACAGCAAGAGGAAAGGCGCGUAUGGAAGUGUAACAGAUACGGGAGGCGAGGAUGAGGAUAUCGUGAUGGGAGAAGACUAAGUAUUGACCGCCAGCUGAACGAGCUGCCAGGCAAAGAAUAGCAAAGUGAAACCUAGCUACCUAAUACAAGAUUUGGGACAAUAUU